CCCAUAAUGCAAUACCGCAAUGAACGAAAUGGCAAGGAAGAGUGAAAGUGGAUUUCAGGUUCUUGCAAGACUUGGUGCUAGACCUGACAUCAGUAGACUUGACACCAUCUUGUUCCCCGAUGGCCUAUCUCAGAGACAAGUCAUUGAAUUGUUUGGAGGUGAGGGGACAGGUAAAACAGAGAUGCUGAUGUAUUUAAUAGUCCGUUGUAUACUUCCAAAAACAUGGAAUGGACUGCACAUAGGUGGACUAGGCAUAGGUGUGGUUUUCCUUGACACUGAUUAUCAUUUCUCCAUCCUGCGCCUGGCAACCAUUUUAGAAACGCAUCUUACCAAAGCUGUGCAGCAAAACAAUGCUAUGAAAUGUGAAAAUAACACUUUGAAAAAUGAUACCAUCAAAUUCAACACAAACCAAGAGAAUGAGAACCUUCACGAUGCCAAUGGUGAUAAAAUUACUGGUAUCACCAAUCAAACUGGGUUGACGGAAGAACAGAUUGAAACAUUUGUUAAAUCGUGCUUUCAACGGUUACAUGUAAUAAGAUGUAAUACUAGCACCCAGUUAGUGGUGACUGUACACUCACUUGAAUCUCUACUCGGAAACCAUCCAGAUAUUGGAGUUUUAAUGCUCGAUAGUGUUAGUGCAUUUUAUUGGAUAGAUCGAAAUUCUGGUGGAGAUAACGUCGCUACUCAAGAAAACAACCAGAGACAUCUAGUGAGAGCUUUGGAUAAACUAAUCAAUGAAUAUAAUCUUGUUUUAUUUGCAACUAAACAGAUGAUAUUUGUGAAACGGCAAAAACAAGAUCAGGAUAAUGAUUCAACACCUGGUGGUUAUCACACACCAAAAGGUGGCAGCACAAAUUAUGAUGAAAUUGAUCAUUGUGAGUUCAUGUGUAAACAAUGGCAGACAUUGGUAUCAGAUCGUUGGAUAUUUUCACGCCAUGAAAUGAAACAAGUCCAGAAGAUAAAUUCUAGAAGUUAUAUAUUUAGAGUCCUUCAGACUUCACGUGUAAAGCCAAAGGGUCAUGUGACAUUUGGAAUUGACGAUAGUGGAAUUGUUGAUAUGCAAAUAGUGACUUAAUACUUUGCUCAAAUUUAAAAUUGGAAUUAACAGUUUACAGAUUUAUAUUCAGAUUUGGAAUCUCUUAUAAACUUGAGAUAUACUUUGUUGUGCUCUAAAGUCUUCCAACUACAUGUACCCUCAUUAACUACAUUGUACAUGUUUCACUGAAAUUAAUAUGAAUGAACAAAAGAAAUGAUUAUAUAGUCUCACAAAAUAAAUAUAUUUCUUUAUUAUAUUUUUGACAUGUUUUACAUUUUGAUUUGAAUUACAUGUAAUUUACAUUAGAAGAUGGCAAUGAAAGUAAACCUGAUUUUUCACAUUAAUUACAUGUUCAAGCCAAAUUUGAACAAAAUUACAGCUACUGUCCCUUUAACGUGACAAAAUGUCAUCACUUGGUAUCAUACUGCAAAUGGGUACACAAUUGUAACAAUUCUGUUACAGUUG